GUCCCGCUGCAUGAAGCCCGAGCAGGCUGGGUCAACGGCAACCCGCCUUCUCCCUCGCUCUCGCGCAGACUCCCGGCAUCCCUCGGGGGCGCUUACCUGUCGCCAGCUGCAUUCUGGGGGUCGUAGUCCUACCCUGAGGAAGGCGACGAGGUGGAGGCAGGGCGGCUUCCUUCUCCCGGAGCAACUCUUCCCGGCCGGGUGAGCGGCUCGGAGGCGGCGGCGGCGGCGGCGGCGGCAAAAUGGCGCGGCAGGGCAGCCGAGGAGGCGCCGAGAGCAAGAAAAUGAGCUCGGAGCUCUUCACUUUGACGUAUGGGGCUUUGGUCACUCAGCUGUGUAAGGACUACGAGAAUGACGAAGAUGUCAACAAGCAGCUUGACAAAAUGGGCUACAACAUAGGUGUUCGCCUCGUGGAAGACUUUCUAGCUCGAUCCAAUGUUGGGAGAUGCCAUGACUUUCGAGAAACGGCAGAUGUAAUCGCAAAGGUAGCAUUUAAAAUGUACUUGGGUAUCACACCAAGCAUCACAAACUGGAGUCCAGCAGGUGAUGAAUUCUCCCUUAUCUUGGAAAACAAUCCACUGGUGGAUUUUGUGGAAUUACCAGACAACCAUUCCUCUCUUAUUUACUCUAACCUCUUAUGUGGGGUGCUACGGGGAGCCCUGGAAAUGGUACAGAUGGCUGUGGAUGUCAGAUUUCUCCUGGACACCUUGAAAGGGGAUGGAGUCACAGAAAUAAGGAUGAAAUUUAUCAGGCGGAUUGAAGACAAUCUCCCAGUUGGAGAGGAGUGAGUCUUGAGCAGCCUUCAUACUGGACGGGAAGGGAUGAACUAGCUGAACCUGAGCUUCAUUAGCAUAUAGUACCCUGUGUACUUUCAGACACUGACUGGUUAAGGCGUGGAUUCAUUUGAAUUAUUCUGUUUUAUUUCCACAGAUUUCUAUUAAAAGCUUUUGUAGGAUGUAGAACACUUUUCAUAUUCAUCAGAAACACAAGCACCCAUUCCUUGUUACCACACUUGGCUCCGUGCAAAAAUACAGGAUGCUAAAACCCUGUAAUUUUGAACACUGGGCCCAUCGGAAUAACUCUAGAUGCCACUUCUGUUCUGCAGUGAAGAAUUUCAGUAUUAUAUCCCCUGCUGCUUAGCUUUUCUUCAUCAGGAAUGGCAUCAAAGUACCAAUACUUUUCUACAGAAGCCAUUCUUGAUGGCACAGAAUGCACUGUAUGAUUUGGAAGAAUCGGGAGUUCCACUUGGAUUUGUUCUUUUAGUUUUGCCAUUCAUCAAAACAUCUAAAUUCACCUUGGAGCAAGAGCUGUAUCCAUUUUGGCAGUCCUGACAGAAGCGUGUCACUCAAAUUCAGCAAAACAGAAUCCCAGUUGGUUGGGCGUUCCCAAUUUCAUCUUUGUCUUCCUAGUCAGUUGGCCCAAAUAGUUUUAACACAGCGAUGAUGCAGGAAUCUAGCUUUAAGUGUUUAUAUCAUGUCAGAAAAAGCUUUCAAAUGAUACUCGUCUUGAGGGUUGCUUCUUUAUAGCACAUUUGAUUUAUGUAACUAAUUGAAGAGUUGUUAACACCAGCUUCUUUCCUAAAAGUUCUAGGCAAAGUGCAUUUCAAAAAUGUUGCCGUUGGCACCUGUGCUGAGAAGUUAGAGUUGGUGGUAGACAUUCUAGCAUAUUUCAUGUGCGUUCAAGUCUUUCUUAAGAAACAAGGGCUCUCAAGAUUGUAGAAAGAAGGGUGUAAAUAGCCUUGCACGGUAGACCGAUCUUUGUACCAAAUGCUGGAUGACUGAAAGGAAAUUGAAGAGCACCUUAGGAUUGUUUAAUAGUGAACAAUGAAUGUUGACUGAGUUUGUCACCUGAGUCUUUUAUGAGGUUCUAAAGUUCCCACUGGGCAGAACAGCCACCAUUAAAUUUAGCGGACAAAUCUGUACUAAAUGGUGGAAAUCUUUUGAGUUGAGGUUCCUAUGAAGAAUUUAUACAUUAAACAUUGAAACUUCUGCCACACUUGAAGAGGCACGACAGGCCAAUUAGUAAUCUCUCCUCUUUAAGAAUAAUGGAAUCCAUUAUCCCCUGCUGAUGUUUGUGAAAAGAUUAGGGUACGUCAUUUGUUAGAGAAAUUAAUUGGCGGUCAGGAGACUUUGAUUUAUUUGUGUGUGCAUCAACUGAAUGGUACUUUAAAAGUUGGCAGAGGCAGCUGUAAUUAUUCAAUGACUUGGUCUUGAAAAUAACGCUCUGGGUAAUCUCUGCAGUGAGAGAAUGAAAUGGCUUACCUAGCUAUGAGAGG